CAGAAGAAAAUUUGUAAGUCAUGAGAACCAGAAGAAAUGACCACAAGCACAGGGCAAUAUAACACAGGCGAACUAGAAAUAACACGAGGUAAUAACAAAUGCAGAGGUAAUAAGAGCACAGUGUCCGUAAGCCAGCACAGGGGUGGCCCGGCAGGAGGCAAGGCAGCCAACCAGGUUCAGUGUGGCUUGAGCUGUGAGAGAGGAAGGUUGCACGCCGCUCCCUUCUCCCUCACCACCCUUAGGAAAAAGACCCCUAAAAGAAAAAGAUCGUGACAAACAACGGGGGUAAAAAGUUAUUAUGAAUGGAUAACGGAUACGGAGGUGGGAAAAGAGCCGGAGAGAGAGGGGGAGAGGUGGUCAGAGGUAAAGAUACAGACAUGAAAGUAGUGCAGUAAGAAGUUGGUUUCAUCCCGCUGGUGUAAGCAAGUGAAUAUGUGAGACCGCUUGCAGCCAUGACAGCCUUUCUCUUGGGGACAGGGACCAGGUGAGGGCUGAGAACCAUUACCAGGAUAGCCGCCCGCCCGCCAGCCCGCCUACCAGCCCGCCCGCCCACCUACCCACCAGCCAGCCAGCCAGCCAGCCAGCGAGCCAACCAUCCAACCGGCCCUCCCGCGUACGUAAGAUUCAGAUAAUAGCGAGACAUCCUGUAACCAUCUGUGCCUCCCGGAUGAUGGAAUGACAACCGGUACAGCCAUCUCGCAUUCCGGAUUAUGAAGUGACGUGAGUUCAAAUCCCAAGCGCUGCGGUCCCUUGAGUCACUGAGGAAGGAACAAAGACCGAACUCGAGCAAGUGAGACCGAAGCAAACCGAAGUGAACCCAAGCGAACCGAAGUGAACCGAAGUGAACCGAGGUGAAUCAAAGUGCUGAUGAAGAUGAAGAUACGAGCAAGGGCGAAGAAGGAGGUGGUGGAUGGGGAGGAGGAGGAAGAUGGGGAGGAUGAGAUAAGAACCCCCAAUCAUCCCUAUCACCCCUCGCACUCCCCACCCCGAAAAGCCCCCUACCGCCCCUCCAGCGCCCUCCUCCUCGUGGUUCUCCUCUCCCUGCUAUGCCAAGGGCGCUGUGAAUGGCAUGAUGGGGAGGAGGACCUUAUAUCCCCAACACCUCCACACAUGGGCCCCGCUGAAGGCGAGGCGGCAGUGGUGGUGGCGCCCGUAGGUGGAAGCGCCCUGCUGCCUUGUGACCUGACGCAGCCCAACGACUCUCCGAUCCUGGUGUUGGUGUAUAACGGCGCCACGGGAAGGCCGGUCUACAGCAUCGACUCUAGAAAUGGGCCACUCACCAAAUCGAAACACUGGUCCGGCCUUGGGGAUCGUGCAGAGUUCCAGGUUUCGCCCCCGCAUCAAGGCCUCGCUGUCAAGAGAAUCAGAGACGAGGACGAGGGCGAGUACCGGUGUCGAGUUGACUUCGGCUCCUCCCCCACCAGGAACCUGAGGAUGAAGUUACAGGUGGUAGUUCCCCCGCAGCGAGUGGCCAUCCUGAGCGAGGCGAGCCUGGAGGUGAGCGGCGUGAUCGGCCCGUACCCUGUGAAAGAGAGCCUAAAACUCACCUGUCAAGCCUCCGGAGGUCGUCCGCCACCAGAGGUCACGUGGUGGCAUGAAGGCUCUCUCAUUGAUGGCCUGAGCGAGAACACGACCAACCAGGUGACCCGCAACACUCUCACCUUGCCUAACCUGAGCCGCCAGCACCUGUACCGCGUGAUUACCUGCAGCGCUGCCAACUCUAACAUGACGCGGCCACUCAACACCUCCGUCACUCUGGACAUGAGCUUUCCCCCUCUGGACGUGAGCAUCUCAGGUAGUCCCCCAUACCUGUCGGAAGGGGGCGCCUACACCCUCACCUGUGAAGCGUGGGGAUCCCGCCCCCCCGCCAACCUUACCUGGUGGAUGGACGGGGUGCUAAUGACGCCGGCUGAGAGUAAGGUAUUGAUGGAAGGCAAUGUGAGCAGGUCCACUCUUCGCCUCACGCCCACGAGGGAGAACCAUGGCGCUGUGCUCUCCUGCAGGGCUGAGAACAGGGACCUGCCGACUUCCGUGGUGGAGGAUAUCAUUAAGCUCAACGUGCAUUACCCGCCCCGGCUGCAGCUUCGCCCUGGUCAUAGUCUCACACUGAGCCACAUCAAGGAAGGCGAUGACGUGUAUUUCGAGUGUGAAGUUCAUGCCAACCCACCUGUCGAGAGCGUCAGGUGGUUCUUAAAGGGGCAAGAACUGGAGCAGAAUGUGUCGGCUGGGAUCAUCGUAGCGAACCGAAGUCUGGUUCUCCAAGGGGUGGGGCGGCGCUCCUCAGGGGACUACGUGUGCAAAGCAGCCAACCCCAGGGGCGAGACAACCUCCAACCCGCUGCAUCUGAACGUUAAGUGUAGGCGCGUAAAGGCGAAUUUUCAGCGUUAUGUAAUAUCAAAUGAGCUUGCAACAGAGAGCAUGCAACACCCACUCCCCUCCCGUCCCCUGGCCCUCUCAUUCUUCUCCUUUGAUGCUGUAAAGGUCCACGGCUUCUGA